AUGCUGCUCACGCCGCUCGCUCCCUUGGGCCAGCAGCGCGUUGCAUGCGACACCACUGCGGGUCCCUUCACCGUGCUGCUCAACGAGUCGCUCUCUCCGCUCGGCGUGAUGCGUGUCACCGACCUCGUAAAGUCUGGCUUCAUGGAAGGCCAGUUGCUCUACCGGGUGAUCCCUGGCCUCCUUGUCCAGUUCGGAGUGGCUGCCGACCCGGCGGUCACCGCUCGCUGGCAGGGCAGGGCGAGGCGCAUUGCGGACGAGCCCAACAAAAUGCCCUUCCUCCACGGAACUCUCUCCUUUGCCGGCGCGGGCGUCAACUCUCGAACGUCGCACCUUUUCGUGGCGCUAUCUCCGAAUGGCAUGCGGCUUGGCCGGGGGACUCCACACGAGUCGACCCUCGGGCACGUCGUUGAGGGCAUGGAGACCUUCGAGCGCGUCGUCGCCAACUACCGGCGAAGUGGCUACAAGGACACCGGCUCGUUGCAAAGGGCGCUCCGCACAAAGGGCAACGCAGCCGCAGCAGGCUUUCCCCUUCUGGAUCGGAUCCGCGCUUGCCGGUUAGCGGCGAGGCGCUAA